CAGUGGAGCUGCUUGGGGAGGGACUCAAGGGUCCGAGAGAUAGAGGCUGCGGGAGCGCGCUGGAGGCCGGGAACUCAGCGAGGGUCCCCUGGAGACGACGCUUCUGCCAGGCCCGGCUGGAGGCCGGAGAGUCCCCCCAGCGCGCCCAGGCGCACGUCGGCCCGUCGGUGCCCAGGGCGCACGGAGCCUCGGACCAUGCCGGUGUCUGACCAGGCGUUUGUGACCCUGGCCACCAACGACACCUACUGCCAGGGGGCCCUGGUCCUGGGGCAGUCGCUGAGGAACCACAGGGCGACCAGGAAGCUGGUGGUGUUAAUCACUCCUGACGUGUCCAACCUGCUCAGGGUCGUCCUUUCAAGGAUGUUCGAUGAGGUCGUGGAGGUAAAUCUGAUAGACAGUGCGGACUAUAUCCACCUGGCCUUUCUCAAGAGACCUGAGCUCGGGGUCACCCUCACCAAGCUUCACUGCUGGACUCUCACCCAUUACAGCAAGUGUGUCUUUCUGGAUGCAGACACCCUGGUGCUGUCCAACGUGGACGAGCUGUUUGACAGGAGCGAGUUGUCAGCAGCCCCGGAUCCCGGCUGGCCUGAUUGCUUCAACAGCGGGGUCUUUGUCUUCCAACCGUCGCUGGAGACCCACGGCCUCCUGCUGCAGCAUGCCACCGACCACGGCAGCUUUGAUGGGGCUGACCAAGGCCUGCUGAACAGUUUCUUCAGCAGCUGGCCCACAGCGGACAUUCGGAAGCACUUGCCCUUCAUCUACAACCUGAGCAGCAACACCGCCUACACCUACAGCCCCGCCUUCAGAAAAUUUGGCUCCAGUGCCAAGGUGGUCCACUUUUUGGGGUCCACCAAGCCUUGGAACUACAGGUAUAAUCCACAGACUGGCUCGGUUUUGGAGGAAGGCUCUGGGAUGGCCGCCCAGCACCAGGCGGCCUUUCUCAACCUCUGGUGGAGCAUCUACCAGCGCAGCGUCCUGCCUCUCUACAGAAGCAUCCGGGACGGGCAGGGCCAUGCAUCUCCGAGACACACAGUUUGUCUCGGUGGCCCUGAGGUGCCGCCUGCAAAUUCAGCACCUCACGCCCAGGAGCAGAGUGCAAAUCCGGCAGCCAGGCCCGCUGACGAGCCUUUGGAGCCGACAGGGGUACUGAGUGACACCCCGCCGUCACCUGAAAGCGGCCACUCGGGACACAUGAUAGGUUGGCCUGAAAUUGAGACUUCUGCUGGAGUGGCGUAUGACCCAGUGUCGCCAGCUUUGCCCCAAUUCGCAGACUCCACAGGGACCCGAACCACCUCGCAGCCAGCGGAUCAUGCAGGAGGUGGCCCUUCCGAGGAAUCCAUGGAACUAAGCCAGGAUCCCCCCGUCAAUGUCACCAGGGACCCCAGCCCUCAGGAUGCGUUGGAGGUGGACCUGGCCAUCUCCAUUUCCGAGAUUUCCAUUGAAGAAAAGGUCAAGGAACUGAGUCCCGAGGAAGAAAGGCGGAAGUGGGAGGAGGGCCACAUCGACUACAUGGGGAAGGACGCGUUUGCCCGCAUUCAGGAGAAGUUGGACCGGUUUCUGCAGUAACCCCGGGCGGUUGUGCGGUGUGGAGUGUGAUUCCACCAUUUUUCGUUGUGUGGAUGUGUCCUCCAGGCCUUCCAAAGGCUGUUUAACUAUGUGCCUCUAUUUAUGGUUAUUUAUGGUUGACCAACUUGAGUGCCUCACAAAAAUAACAUAGACCAUGAAAAAGCCAGCUUGAAGCCCCCUGCUGAUCCGAGCUCCCCACCCCUUCUCGGCUUCCUUGCGAGGUCAGGUGGACUUCUUACCUUGCCAGCAAAAGCAGCAGGUAGACCUCUGACAAUGGUCUUCCCAGAGGAGCUUUGGAGUGCUGCCCUGGAAGGUGCUACUGUGUCUAUCCUGUGUGGGGUUUAACAUCACCACAGAUUGUCUUCUGUCCUUAAGCAAAUAACAGUAGUAAUGUGAAUUUAGUGCCUCGGGAACCCUCAACUAUGAACAUCUUUGUUUUCAGGACUCAGUAAAUGUUCAGACAUCUUGA